GGGAGGUUCCGGCUCAGGCGGGGAGGGGGCUCGGGCUCCUGCUGCGCGUCUGUCACCGGAAGCGGGCUUUGGAAUUUCUCAGUCUCUGACUAGCGAAGCGGGAGGCUGUAAACAUUCGGCCACGAGGAGCGGGUAAACCGGGCGAAAUGUUGCUAUUUUGCCCAUAAUCAUCGCAGUUUCCCGCUCUGUCUUAGGGUUGAGGUGCUGAGCUGUCCACAGCGCUUCUGCUAUUGACCAGAACAGCUCCGUUCGAAGAACUAAACCUACUAGCAUGAGCUAAAGUGUCAAAAUGCAAAGGAAAGCAUCAACAUGUCUGUAGUUCACACUGGGGGUGGAUCUGUCCGUAAAGCAAAGAAAAUUACGGUAAAAACAUCUUUAAAUAAUCCAUAUGAUAUCAGGUGGAAUACUCUAGAAGGAGAUGAUAUGUACUUUAUACUCCAGACGUUGGUAGAAAGGAUUAAGCACAUUGGAUUUAAAAAGAUUGAGACUCCAAGAAGGAAAAAGCGUUCUAUUGCAAAAAGGAAAAUUAAAGAAAAAUGUGAUGCUAGUUGUAGUGAACUUCCGAAGGAGAAGGAAACGGACCAUAUUCAACAAGAACAAGGAUGGACUGACUUAAACAUCAGGAAACAGCUUGCUAUUGGAAUCAAUGAGGUUACUAGAUCUUUGGAAAAAAAUGAACUACUUCUGAUGCUGGUGUGUAAAUCUGCAAAACCUACUCUGAUCACCAUGCACCUUAUUCAGCUCAGUGCAAGUCGAGCAGUCCCAGCUGGCCAGGUUCCACGUCUUAGUGAAAGCAUAGCACCUAUUCUUGGCUUAACAUCUGUUCUAGCACUAGGUUUUAAAAAGAAUUCUGUCACUUUUUCUGAAGAAGUAGAAGCUAUAAUUCCACGGAUACCUAGCUUGGAUGUGCCCUGGAUUCACCAUAGAAGUGAGCAGCUUAUGGCAGAGGCAUAUACUGAUCCUUUGGAAAUUGAAGAUGCAAAUCUUAUGGAGACAUCAGUGCAGGAGUUCUCCCAAAGCCAUAAGUAUAAGCAUACUGAAAGCAGUAAGUUGGAUUCUUCAAAUGUAACUUUACAAGCUCUCAGAAUUAAAAAGCUGGUUCCAAAUCCAAACAAGAUACGGAAACCCCCCAAAAAUAAAAAAGCUGCUUCAAAAUAACUUACUUCAGUACUGGUCUUUACAGUGGGAGUAAAGUAACUUGUAUGCAGUAUUGGAAACUGCCCCAUGUAACUAAGUUAUAAUACUUUUAAAUGUCAUGACUUCAGAUGUAAAGCCAUUUGACCAAUAGAAGAUGAACUCUACUAAUAUGUUACAUUCUCUUAUGAAAUUUUUGUUCUGACAUUAAAGCAUACAACCUUUAAAAUUGUG